CAUAUGACCGCGGCCACCCCUCUCUUUUAGGAGUGGUACGCUCCGAUGUCUGUCAUGUGACAGGUACAGUAUGUGACACUGAUUAGUCAGGGAGCCGUCCCGGGAAGUUGCUUCGUGUUCUUUGCAGCGGGUUCGGGAUUAUGGCUGUCUCCGUGUGCGCAGUUUAUAUUCUGCUGGCCGUUUGCGGGAUUGGCGGCCUGGCACAGGACGUGCCCCCGUACACAGAGGAUUGCAGAAGUGGAACCUACCCUCCCAGCGGGCCAACGUACAAAGGACCUGUGCCGUGGUAUACAGUGAAUUUAGAUCAGGCUCCUUAUGAAAGGUGGCAAAGUAUGAUAAAGGAUAAGAAAGAACCACUAAACGAUGUCAUUCAGCAUAUUAAGAAGCUGGCCAAUUUUGUUAUCCCUAGUGGAAAGCUUAUAGUUUUAGUGGAUGCCCUUUUGCCUGGCCUCAUUGGAAAGCUCCCGUACCCGUUUGGGGAGGAAAUUAAAGGAGUCGCUGAUGCUGCUGAAACCCCCUUAGGAGAAAUCCUGCUAUUUAACAUAUUUUAUGAAGUCUUUACUGUGUGUACAUCUGUGGUGGCGGAAGACUCAUCCGGAAAGCUCUAUCAUGCCAGAAAUCUGGAUUUUGGAUUAUUUCUUGGCUGGGAUGUGAAGAACAGUUCGUGGAUGAUCACCGAGUUACUGAGACCGUUGGUCGUAAACGUGAACUUUGUGAGAAAUAAUAAAACGGUUUUCAUGUCCACAAGCUUUGCUGGAUACGUGGGAAUGUUAACUGGAAUGAAGCCUGGGAUCUUCACUCUUACAAUGAAUGAACGCUUCAGUCUUGACGGAGGUUACAUUGGUGUGAUUGAGUGGAUUCUUGGUGACAGAGAUGGAAGUUGGAUGAGUUUCCUUACAAGAAGUGUACUGGAGAAUGCAACAAGUUAUGAUGAAGCCAAAGCCCUCCUAUCAAAAACCCAAAUUCUUGCUCCAGCGUACUUUAUAUUAGGAGGAAAUAAGUCCGGGGACGCCUGUGUGAUCACACGCUCCAGAAAAUCCUGCCUCGAUAUCUGGGAACUUGACACUAAGGAUGAUAGAUGGUACGUACUGGAGACAAACUACGACCAUUGGAAGCCCCCGUUACCCAUUGAUAACAGAAGGGAUCCAGCAAAGAAAUGCAUGAACAGAACUGGCCAAAAGAAUAUCUCAUUUACAACUAUGUAUGAUGUACUUUCAACCAAACCUGUCCUUAACAAGCUCACCACAUACACAGCACUCAUGUCAGUUUCAGACGGCAAGCUCGAAGCAUACCUGCGAGACUGUCCAGAUCCGUGUGUCCCUUGGUGAAAAAUAUUAUUAUAGCGAGGGUUAAGUACAAAAUAUGAUUCUGGGGCAAACUUUAGAAAAUUGCCGACACGGUCAAUGUUUAUGCAUAGCCCCAACGUAAAUGUAACGCAACCAAAGAAACUGCCAGCUGACUCCAGCAUCCCUGAAGAAGAGCAAAACAUUAAAAGGAAAAGAGAGAAGAGGGAAUCCUUCUGUUUGGUUGCGUGGAAAUAGAAUCCAUGGCCACAGACACUACUGAUACGCUUGAUAUCGAACGUCUUAUAAUGAUUGCACUGUAUUCAGAAGAACUUCUACACUAUUGUGUGCUCAUCUGGUCUAUAGAUGUGGAUGUCUCACCUGAUCAUUUAACAUCAACAUGUUGAUUCUUUACUUUAUAUUCAUACCUUGCAUCUUGUUCUCUUGUUUUGUAUUCUAAUUAAACGUAACGCUAAAGCAGUCUUAUGGAUUACAUAAAAAAUGUACAGGAAACAGCACAAAAUAAAGAGCAAACCUGCAGUCGGGUGUAUUAAGAAUUAUGCAUAACAUUGAUAUAUGAUUCUUUAAAAAAAUGGUUUAUGGGGUGUCUGGCUCUGUGUCUUUUUGUACUUUCUACUGAUAAUAAAAGAGAUUUACACCUUC